CCUACUACUUAGAGGCGUUUAUGCUUCACUUCCCCCUUCCUUCCCGUUUUGUUUACUCAUUUCUUAGCUCUUGCCUAUAUCAUUAAUCUUCCCGUCGCAUACCAUCUUGUCAACCAAACAACUAGUCAUCACCAGCUCAUAUUCGCUAAGGCUAAGGAGACAUGUCUGGGUUUCCUUCAUCGCACAGCCUCCAGACUCCCAAGGAAUACUACUCUAGCUUCAAGAGCAACUCGAAUCUCCAAGAAAAAUUCCAUAAUAUUGACGAUGAGGCCCAAUUUCGUGCCUAUCUGGGCUAUCUACAGGAUGCACAGACCCGGAACUUUAUGCUAGAUUUUGGCAACGAUGAUGCGUGGUGUGCAGUGGAUCUGGAAGCAGAAGAUAUUGCGACACUAUUGCGCAGCGCCAAGCCAAGGUUCUUUGGGACUAGAUGGAUCAAUAUUUGGUCGCCAGAGGAGCAGAAAGAUUUGAUCAAAACAAUCACGAGCCACUACGGCAUCUCCGAACGUUUACAGGGAAUGAUGUGUACUGACCCAGUAGUUCGCCCGUCCCAGUCCACGGCUUCUUCGGCAAAUGGUUUUCGCGAGAAGAACGAGGAUCGAUUGCCUCGUGUUUCCCGCAAGAAUGACCUCGAAGAAGCUCAAGAACUGAAGGAUUUGUCAGACCCUGCUGAGAUACAAGCGGCUGCGUCAUUUAGAGGUCUCACCUUUGCACAUGUGACCAAUCAAAUCUGGCAUUUCUGCUCCGUAGACUACGGUCCAAGAUAUACAUGCAUUGGUUACAACUCUUUGUACGUAGUCCCGAACGUUGAAUCCCCCAACGGACGGGGUCUACCUGAUGGGAGUCGACUAUGGUCUUGGUUGGUUCUAUGCGACGACGGCACUGUUAUUUCCAUGCAAGAGAAUCCGUACCCUGGCUAUUCUAGGCCGUCAGAGAGGGAGCUGAAGUCGGUACUCGGCAUAGUUCGCAGAAAUGUACAACUUAUCUUUUCCGGCGUGUCUAAGCGGCACUCUGCUCAGUCGGAGAGCGAUUCAUUAGUGACCAUUCGCGUACGACCUGCUCACGGUGAUGGCCCAGAUCAGGCUAGUAUAAAACAAGAGGAUGGCCCUAGUUUACUUUUCUACUAUAUAUUCGACGAUUGGGUCUCCAGUUAUGCACUCGUUGCGAAACGAGAGCAUCAAUACGGGGUUCUCCUUGAUCGACUGAGAGAAGAGAUGCUGGGCAAGCCUGUGGUUGAGUUAGUCAAUGAGCUACACUGGUUAGGCAGGAGAUUAGCUGUCUUGAAGCGGCUUUAUCAGAGUUACGAACUCAUCAUGAUGCGGAUUCUUCAAAGACAGCGCCAUCUUCGCGACGAGGCGAAAUCGAACCGGCCUCCACUACCCAUCGGACCUAUGUUCGGAGAAAGCGAGGUGAUGGACCUUCGACAGCCGACUCUGCAGAGCAGUUUGGGGUUUUCAAGCAAUGUAGACACCUCGGUUGGUGUACAGCUGAGUUCACCUGCCGUGGCCCGUUUCGAAAGGUUGCUCGAUCGUAUUAAGCUCUACUGUUUAUCUGAAAUUGAUACCUGCUUGACGGAGAAAGAAUCUCUCACAUUCCUUAACUUCAAUCUUAUUGCGCUCAAAGACUCACAGGCUGUUGAAAAACUCACAAGGAUCACAAUUCUGCUGGCCAAAGUGACAAUCCUGUUUUUGCCCGUCAGCUUGAUGACCGGGUACUUUUCGACCGAACUUCAGAACGUCAAGGGGGUGUAUACAAUCAACCAAUACUGGGUCAGCUUCGGCGUCAUUAUGUUUUUGUCCAUCGUGCUCCUUACACUGUUCGGCUACCUUAGUGACACCGUAGAGGGUAAGACUAUCUAUCAGUCACUAUCUCGUACCUUUGUCCGAUCCUCAAAGCACAAAAUCUCAAAUCGGAAAGAAGAAUAGGACUCCAUAUCUAAAUCAUCAUCGGUUGGCUACAAAAUGGCGAAAUAAGAUCAAUUUCACUUUUCCAUUUUGGAUAGGGGCUGGAAAGCUAAAACUUCGCGGGGGCACAGCGAGCAUGCUCAGAUCUUUGCCUGGCCUAAGACGUGUAGCUAUGUUUUUGUGCUUGGAUGAACGAAGGCAUUGUUAUUAUUAGGAUUAUUAUUACCUCUUUCUCCCUUGUUAUUUUCUUUUGUCCGAUUAUUACAGUGGGUGUAAUUCAUGUAAAUUUAAGCAUGUGCUAUAACAAAAUUGAUGCAGAGACGCGAAUGAG